AUGUCGAACCAAGGUCAACAAGACGACAAGCAAGGUCAAAAUGACCAACAGCAGCAAUAUAAUACCAACAACUUGGCUUAUGGCAUGCAGAACAUGAGUUUGGGUGGAAACGCUCCUGCAUUUAAUCCAGCUGCACCAAAUUUUGUUCCAAACAUGAAUGCUCAGACAUUUAACCCUGGUCAAUACGGUCAGUAUGGUCAACAACAAUAUGGCCAAUAUGGCCAGAACCAAUACGGUCAAUACGGCCAAUAUAGCAAUAAUAAUGGUGGUAAGCAAGGCUACAACGGAUACAACAACCAGCAGUAUAACAAUCAGUAUGGUAACCAAUAUGGUCAGAGGUAUGGUAAUCAAUACGGCCAACAGUAUGGUAACCAAUAUGGACAACAGUAUGGUGACCAGAAUAAUGGUAACGAAUCUCACCUGAUGUCCCUAGAUGACUACAAGAAGCAGAAACAGCAGCAAACUGGUACUGCCAAGCCAAAGAAGAAGAAGACCUUGAAGCUUAACUUGAGUUCCAGCACUAUUAAGAUUGGAAACAGCAAAAAGGUUGAAAAGAAAACUGUCAAACCGGAAGCGCCAAAGGUUGAGAAGCCAAAGGAGGCAAAGCCUGAAAAAGGAUCACCAAAGGCAGUCAAUAUUUCAAAGUCUACUUCAUCAGCUCCGAAGAGUAGUGCCGAAAACAGUACAAGCAUUACAGAUAACUCGAACGUUCAAAAAAGUAUUUCAAGUAAACCAACAGACGACAGUUCUCUAAAAGAGGCUGCCGACAUUGCGCGCGACCAAGAAGACCAUGUCGAUCCAGAGGUUGUCAAGGAUAUGUUCGGUGGAAAACCACACGUUUCUAUUAUUUUUAUGGGACAUGUUGAUGCAGGAAAGUCUACUAUGGGUGGUAAUCUUCUUUCUUUGACAGGUGCUGUGGAUAAGAGAAUUGUGGAAAAGUACGAGAAAGAGGCCAAAGAUGCCGGACGUCAAGGUUGGUAUCUUUCCUGGAUUAUGGAUACCGAUAAGGAGGAGAGAUCUGAUGGUAAGACAAUCGAGACCGGUAAGGCUUACUUCGAGACAGACACCAGAAGAUACACCAUUUUGGAUGCACCUGGCCACAGGCUUUAUGUUUCUGAGAUGAUUGGAAGUGCCUCUCAGGCAGAUGUCGGUAUUUUAGUGAUUUCUGCCAGAAAGGGUGAGUACGAGGCAGGAUUCGAGAGGGGUGGUCAAUCCAGAGAGCAUGCUAUGCUUGCGAAGACUCAGGGUGUGAACAGGUUAGUUGUGGUGAUCAAUAAGAUGGAUGAUCCUACUGUUAAUUGGUCCGAGAAGAGAUACAAGGAAUGUACCAAGAAGUUGUCUGUAUUCUUGAAAAAUAUUGGCUAUUCCGGAAAGAAUGUCUUCUUCAUGCCUGUUUCCGGAUAUACAGGUGAUGGUUUGAAAGCGAGAAUUCCAGAAAAAAUUUGUCCAUGGUAUAGGGGUCCAUCUCUGUUGGAGUACUUGGAUGCAAUGCCACUUACUGCCAGAAAGAUUAAUGACCCAUUCAUGCUUCCAAUCGCUUCUAAACUGAAGGAUAUGGGUACAAUUGUCGAAGGUAAAAUCGAGUCAGGUCACGUUAGGAAAAACCAGGAAAUUCUUCUGAUGCCAAACAAAAUUGAUGUUGAGGUUCUCACAAUUUUCAACGAGACCGAGGAGGAAGCUGAUGCUGCCUUUUGUGGUGAGCAGGUCAGAAUGAAACUCAAGGGUGUCAAUGAGGAUGAUAUCAAUGCUGGUUAUGUGUUGACAUCCAAGGAGCAUCCUGUCCACACUGUUACUAAAUUUGUUGCACAAGUUGCCUUGGUCGAGUUGAAGAGUAUUCUUUCAGCUGGUUUCUCAUGUGUUAUGCAUGUUCAUACUGCUGUGGAGGAGGUCACGUUCACAAAACUUUUGCAUAAACUUGAAAAGGGUACGAAUAGAAAGUCUAAGAGAGCUCCAGCAUUUGCCAAGAAGGGAAUGAAGAUCAUUGCCGUCUUGGAGACAGAAAAUCCAAUUUGUGUCGAGACUUAUAAGAACUAUCCAGAGUUGGGACGUUUUACUUUAAGAGAUCAAGGUGAGACCAUUGCCAUUGGUAAAAUUGUUAAGCUUUUGUAA